AUGGCAAUACCGUUUACAUCGCCACCUGGAUUUUUAGAAAUGAACGAUUUUUUGACAAACGUACCUCUAGCAAAUGAUGCAAAUAUUUUACCCAGUCGAAUGGACAUAAUUCCAAAUUUAGACAUUCCACCUCCCGAUUUUAAUCCAAUGUUUGGCUUGGAAGACAAUUCAAAACUAUUAGAUAUCAACACCCCUCUAGCACUUCCCAAUUCAUUUUCUCAAACUCUACCAGUCAUACCUGCAGACUUGUUCUUACCUGAUUUAAAUAGAUUAGAAAAUCUUCCAGUUGAACACAACCAACCUUAUGCUCCUUAUUUGCCUCCUAUCAGUCCACCUGGUCCACCAUUCACACCAGAUUUGAAGCCAUUUUUCAAUGAACAACCACAAUUAUCACCUUUAGUAACAUCUCCAGUAUUACCACUGACAACAGAAACAAAUCUUCUUGGAGGCAAUCCUACUUCAAAUGCUGUAUCUAUUCCAUCCAAUUUUUUUCCUAACGACAAUACGGACUCAUUGAAUCGGUAUAAAAAUAAAUUAUCGACUGCACGUCCUUCGCUGUAUGAUACAGUAGAAACAAAGUCAAAACCUUUAACUAUUGAUGGUGUCGUUGAAGAAGUAUUGAAAGAAAAAUCUAAAAAAGAAAUUAAAUUGGAUAAACUGAACUUUAAAUUAAAAUUGUUAAAAGAUAUGGAAAGAGAUUUAUUAAUGAUAGAUUUGAUGAAAUAUGACAUUGAAUGUGAAAAAAGAAAAAAAAAUUACCGAACAAGUAAAUUGUUGAAAAAAUAUGGUUUAUCAGGUAUGGAUUAUCAAAACAAUUGCAAUUUGUCUUGUGCUAGUGCAACAUGUUUUUAUUCUCAGUGCCAUCCGCACGUUUGCCACAACUGCACACCAGCACCAGCAGAAUGUGGUUUUCAAAAAUUUUCUGUUCCAGCAUAUCAGUAUGAACAUGCACAACCAAGAAAAUAUUACAUUCGUAAAAGAAAGAAAUAUUUCUACGUUAAUAAUUAA